CAGUAUGUACCCACAGCAGUGGUAGCAGCAAGCAGUAGGCAGUGGCGGCGACGUCGAUUCCUUGACGUUUCCGACUGACGAUUGUUCAAUUGUGUGUGGUGUGCGAGUGAUGUCAACAGGUGUUUUGGCGUCGUUCUGGAAUUUUUUCCUGUUUUCCUGCGAGAAGUGUGCAGAAUCACUUAGGUUCGUGAAGAUUUCUAGUGUUAUUGCAGUGCAGAUUAGUGCAGUGGUGUGUUGACUGGAGAAUCAGGAAAAAUUUACUGCUGCUUUGUGAUUAUUUUUUGCCGAUUAUUCAGUUUCACCUUCGAAGCCGAUGGUGGCGAGUGCUUGACAAUGACCAUGUUCUUCAGUGGUGUCGAACCUAUUCAGACCGCGUCGGCUGGGAUGACGAUGAACGCAAACAUUACGUCCAUGAUGCCAGGUCUGAUCCAGGAGCAGCAGUUCUGUUUGCGCUGGAAUAAUUACCAUUCCAACUUGUCCGCCGUUUUUGACCAGCUUUAUCAAAAUCAGUGCUUCGUGGAUGUUACCCUUGUUGGUGAUGGUCGUUCAAUUAAAGCUCACAAAAUGGUUCUAGCUGCCAGCAGCCCCUACUUCCAAACCAUCUUCUCCGAGACCCCCUGCAAGCAUCCGGUCGUGAUAAUCAAGGAUGUUAAGUGGGAAGAGCUGAAAGCGCUGGUUGAAUUCAUGUACCGAGGUGAGAUAAACGUUGGCCAAGAGCAAAUUCGACCGUUGCUCAAGCUAGCAGAAAUGUUCCAAAUCCGUGGUUUGGCUGAAGUGAAGCAUGAAGACGUUCAGAUGCCUGUUCAAGAACCGAGCGUAGAACAAUUCACAGUUUACGCCGCUCUGAAUUCGGAAAACUACCAACUUCAAACUGCGGUUGCAGCGGAAGAUCUUGGCUGCCCACCGCCCGACGAGAAGCAAAAGACGAAGGAACGGGAAAUCGCUCGCAAACAAACGCUUGAAACUGUUGACGUUCCCGUCGAGUGGCCAAUCGAGGAAGAUCUGAAAGGUACCAUCGCCGAGGUGAAACCAAAAUCGAUACGCAAACGCAAGCAGUCCUCUGUAUCGCAAGAUAAUUCGGUGCACAAUUACGAGCUUUAUUCCGAGCAGCAACAAGCUGCCAAUGGUCCGGUAGUCGCAAUUCCACAACCAGCAGGACCAGUGUCAGCGGCUCCGUUACCUCCGUCGGUGGCCACUUUCAAACCGGAUGAAGAUGCAAGCACCAAGAUGGGUUUUUUGGAUUCCACACAGGAAGAAGACACAACCAUCAACGCCCCUCAGGAGUGGAAAUCCUCCGGAACCAACGCAACCGAAUCUCGCAGCAAGCAGAAGGCUCCUGCCUGGAACUGGAACCAGCUGCAGGAAGCGAUCGCAGCCGUAGUGACCCAGCGGUUGCGGUUCACCCAGGCGUCGGCACAGUACAACAUCCCCAAGGGAACGCUGUACGACAACAUCCUUGGCAAGGCGCACCGUAUGGCCGUGCUGCAAGAUUUGGCCCUGAGCCCGGCUGAGGAAGCGGCCGUUCUUGAGUUCUGCUGUGACACCACCAACUCACCGUACAACAAACGCACCAAAAAGUCACUGAAAAGUAUCCUCGAAUUUCUGGCCCGCUUCGAGGCGUACCGCGCCAAAGCGGAUCGAUUCAAGUUCGGCGGCAAGCCCGGAUUCCGCUGGUGGUGGGCCUUCUGUCGGAAGCACUCCAUUGUUUCGCUCUACUACGAAGGCAUGAAAGCGGACGAAAAAAGCGGACAGGACACAAGCAAAAAAGCCCGCCGAAGCACCGAACUGGAGGACGACGGCGAAGUUCAGCAGUGAGUUGACGAUUUUGAUUGAUUGAUACUUUUUGUGCCUUAUCCCCGUGUAAUUGCUUGUGAUUGAAACAUUCUCGUUAGCUGUUAAGUAAUUAUCGCAAUUUAUGUAGUAAAUAGCGUUGUAA